AUGGUUGAAUACAAUCCUACAUUUCUGAGCAUUAAAAACUUAUUUAACGACGAGAUAUCGAAUAUGGCUCUGAGUUUUAUGCAAAUCCGUAAUAACAAACAUCCUUUAUUUGAAAAAACAAAACAGAGAUCUCUCUCUGAAAUAACACAGAUGAUAUAUUUAAUCAGGAUGCUACAUAAAGGCAUAUUUGAAUUUGAAGAUAAAACUUUUGAUAAAUCAAUAAUAAUGGGCAAUAAUCUAGCUAUAAUAAGUGAGGACUAUCUUUUAGCAUGUGUACACAGGGGUUUAGCUAAACUUGAAGUUUUUGAGAUGAAUAAUGCCAUUGCAGAUUUGAUGGUUUUGGAUUUUACAGAAUAUGGAAAUAUUCAUAAUCUUAAUAUCAAUUUCAUCAAAGAUAAAAAGUUUAAUAACUUAUUAGCUCACAGUUCAUUUUCUACAUUGAUAUUAGUCAAUCAUCCUACAAAUUUAAAAAAUUUGGCCUUUGAUCUUGGAAAUCAAUUAGGAACAGCUUUUGAAUUCGACAUCGAGUAUUAA